AUGGUACCAUUACUUGUCAACUUCCGUGAAGGGCAUGUCAGACAAGGUGGAAAAGUCGAUAAUUAUGGGCGGGCAAGAUGUGAUGAUGUGCAGUUUACUAUAGGACCGACUUAUGAAGCCCGAUUAGAGCCAAAUGUCGAAGUAACCGACUUAUGGUUGUUAAGUUGGAAUAAACUUAUGACUAAUGCUGAACGGCUGAAACGUCAUUUCACGAGUGAUGGAGACUGCCCGUGCUGUGUUGGUUCCUUGGAGGAUAUUGAUCAUAUUUUUUGGAAGUGUACCAUUAUUCUACCCAUUUGGGUGCUGCUCAUAAAAGAAGAUAAACUUGAGGAAUUUAUGUCGAUGGAAAUCAAGAAUUGGAUCCGCGUUAAUCUGACUAACAAUAAUGCUGUUAUUCUUGAAAGAAGCAAGAGAUUACAAAUGUUGACGCACAGAGCACUCGAACAAGACUACGAAGCAAAUAGACGUCAACGUCGAGAAAGGGUGGGUGCAAUUCGUAACAAUAUAGUAGAGUGGUUAGUGGGGUUUAAGAAAUUUCUUGGAGUGUGCUCGAGUUUGGAAGCGGAACUGUGGGGAAUCUAUGUUGGCUUUCUCCGCGCUUGGAACACCGGUGUGAGAAGAGUGGUUGUUGAAAAUGAUAACUUAAAUGUCAUUAACAUGAUGAACGAUCAUAAGAGGAAGAGGAGUUCAACGAUAGUGGAUCAUAUUCUGUGCUUGCUUGAGCGGGAGUGA